CGUGCCGGGGAGCCAAACAAACAACGGCAUGACGACGGCCACGGCGAGAGCAGCGCGACGCAGCGUGCGCAAUGUCUUCAGGCUCCUCGUCGUCGCCCUCAACCCGCUCGCGCACCCUCCUCUUCAUCUCCUACCGCGACUCCAGAGCCUCCUCCUCCCGCUUCCGCCGCUCCCGUGUCGUCUCAAACUACGACGACGCCCUCAACGACGGCGACGAGCAGGAACAUCUCAUCGACCACGAGCCCGGCCAUGUCGCCAUAGACGCACCCUUACCGCCGAGAUGGGUCGACGUCGCGGACCAGGUGGAGGAGAUACUCGUCGGCACACAGGCUAAAAUCACUGUCCUCGACAAGCUCCACGCGAAACAUGUCCUCCCCGGUUUCUCGGACCGGUCAGCUGAAGAGAGGGAGAUUGAGGCGGCUACCAACGACAUCACCAAAGACUUCCGCCAAUGUCAUGCUCUCAUUCAGCGAAUAGCUGCAACGCCGAACCACGCCUUCCCGCCUGCCCAAUCGGGACGCUCACAUCACGAAGACCUCGCCGCAAAGAACGUACAACGUGGCCUCGCGGCCAAAGUGCAGGAACUUAGUGCGACAUUCCGGAAGAAGCAGAGGGUGUAUAUGGAGAAACUGCAAGGACAUGCGAUAAAGAACCAGGAUCUACUCAUUGCUUCGGGUACCAUCUCUUCCCGGGGUACGGAAGGCCUCUCUGCUGUCGAUGAAGACGUUGAAGCUGCCACUGCCUCGCGCAACCGCGCUGCUCUUGCGCAAGACAUGAUGACCUCGGACGUUGAUCUGCGACGACGUGACCAUGAGCUCACGCAGAUUGCCCAGUCCAUUGCAUCACUGGCGGAGCUUUUCAAGGACUUGUCAGCGAUGGUCAUAGAUCAGGGGACACUCCUCGACAGUAUUGAAUACAACAUUGAGCAGACAGCUGUACAGAUGGAAGAGGCGGUCAAGGAGCUGGACACAGCGACAAGGUACCAGAAGAACACUGGCAGGAGAGCGUGCAUAUUCCUGCUUCUGCUAAUCAUCUUCGGUCUUAUCGUCGUCCUCAUCUUCAAGCCUCGCCGACAUGCCUCAUCGGCACCAUCACCACCAUCAGUCCCGCAAGAGCUAUCGUCCGAGGCGGGUUCCCUCUUCCGGCUGCCGAUGGGUGGUGGUACGGAGCUCAAUUCGACCACGACAUUGCUCAGAAGACAUCCGGACAGAUGAGUAUGCACGAGGCACCAUCAGCCCGCGCGCUACCAUUCUAUGUCUAUUUAAUCUGGAGCGUCUUGUGAUCUGCCUACCACUACAGCCUAUACCGAACCUAUAGCCCGACACUAUUCAUUUACCACUUUUGCUAGUCAA